UAAUGGAAAAACAGUAAGAUGACUACAUUAAGUUGAUUUCCAAAUUAACGCUUUUAAAAGAGGGAAAUGAAUAGGAAUAACCUACUUUGAGGAAGCCAUGGCGAAGUCAAACGUAAAAAAACACAGAGCUUGUUCUCAGGAAUCUUCAGUAUCUUCUUUGCUAGCAAGCUGCAGCCUGGGUGGUAGUAAUUCCUCUAACUCUGAUGGCUCCUUUUGCUAUAAGAAUAAACUGUAUAGAUCUGCUUCUCAGGCUCUACAGGCCUAUAUUGAUGAUUUUGAUCUAAGUCGACUAUAUCCUGGUGCAAGCCCUGGGAAAAUUAAUCUUGACGAGGCCUCUUCUAAUAUGCCACAUUUCUCCAACUGUAUUUAUAAACCAAACGGUGCUUUUGAAAAUCCUGAUCACAAAAAGCACUCAAAGUCCUUAGCCCAUAGAAGACAGAGUAUUAAUGACAUAGACUCCAUUAGCCUAACAACUGAUGAUCUAUUAAAACUUCCAGCAGAUGGAUCAUUUUCUUUCACUUAUGUUGGACCAGGUCACCGAAUAAGCAAGAAAAAAAAGAAAUGCAAUGGAAAACUGGGCUUAUCAGACAUUGAAAAGAAUUCAAAUUUUCAAGAACCCUCCACUCCCAUGGGCAAGGAUAACUUAAUUAUUCCUGCUGUAUGCGCAAAUAUAAAUGGAAAGCAAUGUGGUAGGCUAAAAAACCCCAAACUUGUGAAUAGGACUAAUAAGUGUGUUUCUGAGUCAUCUUUAUCUUUUCCCAAGAAAUCAUCUUUCAAGGACAGUUCAAAACACAACCUUGAAAAUAAUUAUCCAAGAUGGCUCACUAGCCAGAAAUCAGACCUUAGUGUUUCAGGGAUAACUAGUAUCCCUGAUUUCAAAUACCCAGUCUGGCUCCACAAUCAAGACUUGCUACCUGAUGGAAAGAAUCAAAGGGUUUAUAAAAUAUCUAAAGAAGACCCACAGUCCUUUAGACACAGUUAUCAAGCACAAAGAACUUCUCCGCUCAGGAAUAAAUUAGAUUGUUUUGAAUAUUCCUUUGAACCUUCAAACUUUUCAGAUAUCUUAAGUGAUGAUAAAGAAUUAGUUAAUGAAUACAAACGUGAUUUUGAACAUAGCCCCCAAUGUCAAUGUAAGAAUCCACUUCUCCCAGGACAAUCUGCAGAGCCCUUCAGUGGUGACAAAAUUCAGUUGCUUAUUCUGAAGGCCAAGAGAAAUCUAGAGCAGUGCACUGGCCAAUCACCACAACCUAUGAAAAAGGAUGACAGCCCUUGCUCAUUAGAUAAACUUGAAGCAGAAAGAUCAUGGGAAAAUGUUCCUGUUAUGUUCAAAUCUCCUGUUCCUGUUAACUCUGAUGAUAGUCCUCAGAGUUCAAGAGUAAAGUAUUCUAAAGAGGUUCUUGAAGAAUUUUUAAACGAUGAUAGUCCGAGCUGUACCCUUUCUGGAGGCAAACAUCAUGGUCCUGUUGAAGCCCUGAAACAAAUGUUAUUUAAUCUUCAAGCAGUGCAAGAAAGUUUUAAUCAGAAUAAAGCCACAGCAACAAAAGAGGAGAUUAAACAAGCUGCAGAAGAUGACUACGCUAAAUUACAGUUGAAGGAAAAUAUGAUUCCUAUUACUAGGUCACUUCAAAAGGCUUUGCACCAUUUGUCUCGACUGAGAGAACUUGUUGAUGAUACCAGUGGAAAGCAGUCACCAAAAAUGGGAAGAGGAAAAUAAAACUCGCUACAGUAGUCACCACAGAACAAAUAUGUAUUUUUUUUCCUAUUACUAAAACUGAUAAAUUAUCAUAAGGCA